AUGGAGGUUGCGAUGAAAACGGCGUGUCGCGCUCAGCUCACGAGGGUUGUUAACGAAGCUAACGUAAUUAUUGAUUCGGAACUAUUUAAUGUGAAAGACGCUCUUGUUCAAGUGGUCAAAAUAAAAUCGGCUCGAGAAAAUUUAAAAUUUGCUAACGAAAAGGCGAGUUCAUUUAUUAGUGAGGAUCAAAUGAGGAUCAAUGAGUGUGUAAAAAUUUUGGAAUAUGACGAAAAGGCUGUGGUAGCAAUUGCAAGAUUGGAACAAUGUAUAGCGGAAGUAAAUAGUCAAGGAAAUAUGGCUUUGGGUGCUUCUGCUGAGAACAUGGAUAAUGUGGGUCAACAAACGGGAGAAUUACAUCAACCUAAAAUGUCGUUAUAUUUGUCAAGUAAUGAUGAAAGAAUCAGCUUAGAUAUACAACCAGAAAUUCUAUGGGACCAUGGAAUCAACAAGCUAUCAUUUUCAAUUAAGCAAACUUACACGACUGAAGAUGCGAGGCAAUUAACAGUAAAGCAGCGUAGAUGUAUAUUUACAGAUGAAGUUAAACUUAAAAUUGACAGUUCCUACUCUUAUACUGCGUGCACGAUAGAGUGUCGCAUGGAGAAUAUUCGAGCAAAAUGUGACUGCGUUCCAUUUUUUUAUCCACAGAUAAGUGGUUUUCAGAGUUGUAGCUUAUCUCAACUUUCAUGCAUAGCAGAUCAUUUGGACGAAAUCAAAGAUAUUACGAGAUGCAAUUGCAUGCUAGGAUGUAAUAAUACUAUUUACGAGACUCAGCAUAUUGCAUUUGAGGGGAAUUCAAGUGGAUUAAAACUGUUUUUCGUUUCAUGGCCCAUGGUCAAGUAUAAAAGGGAAGUUUUAUUCGGAUGGGUAGACUUAUUAGUUUCUUUCGGAGGAAUAGCAGGACUUUUUCUUGGGUUCAGUCUUUUAUCAGUUAUAGAAUUUAUCUAUUUUUAUACUUUAAGGGCUUGUAUAGCAGCCUUUAGGGAAAGAAGAUACCUUGAUAGGUUGCAAAUGGAAGAACUAAAAAAGGAAAUAAUAAAAUGCGAUUUAAGCAUGACACCCUAUUUUAUCUCGAAACCGCUACCUUAUGGGGGACUUAAAACGAUAUCAGAAGGGUUAAAAAUAGAUACUACGAGAAUGAUUAGGAAAGACAACGUAAGUUAG